GUGGGCGAGUUUCAGUUUCAGCUGAGUUUUAACGUCUUUGGUAUCCCGGUUAGCGGGGCGUGAGAACUGUUGGGUUACGAAGUUUGCGUAAACACAGCAGAAUAUCAUAUUUUUGUGGCGUUUUGUUGUGAUGGAUGUUUUAUGUGAAAGUGUUCCUAACGAGGACGACUGUGGUACAAGAUACUCUUCGUCCUCUAGUGAAGAUGACGAACGUAGGGACCAAGGCGUUGCGAUGACUUACAUGACUCUUGAUUCAAUUUUAAAUGAUAAUUCGCGAAUGUUUGAAUUUCUGAGAAGUUUUGGUGUGCUUGCAAACAAAUACGUAUGUGCUACGUGUCGGAAGCCUAUGUCCUGUGUGAAGGUUGCAACGACUAGAUGUGGCGAUGGGCUUAUGUGGCGUUGCGCGAAAGACAAAGUGUGGAGGUCAGUUCGUAAGGGUACUUGGUUCGAAAAGUCGAAGAUUAAGCUUAAAAGUAUAGUUCUGUUGACAUACUGUUUUUGUAUGCGUAAAUCUGUGCAAUCCACGUGUCGCAUCACAGGCUUGAGUGACAAAACGGUUGUCGAUUGGUUUUUGUCAUGUAGAGAAAUUUGUUCAGCUUUGAUGAAGAAGAGGGGAAAAAUCGGGGGGCCAGGUGUUGUGGUUGAGUUUGGCGAGUCAUCUUUUGGAAGUAACAAGUAUGAUAAGGGAAGGUGGAUGGCAGAAGUUUGGGUUUGGGGAGCAGUCGUUUGUGGGAAGGACCACGGUGAAUUGGUUUUGAAUGUGGUUGAGAAGAGGGAUGCUAGGACUUUACAGUGGUUCAUUGAAGAGCAUGUUGAAAAUGGUACUGUUAUAUAUUCAGAUAAAUGCGACAGUUAUGAGGAUGCAGAGGAGUUUGACCUUCAGUCGUUUGCAGCAGAUCACAACUACCAGUUCCGGAAUAAAGUGACUGGUACAAUGGAGAGAUAUUGGAAAGAAGUUAAGAGAGUUCUCGAGGGAGGCAAGAGACGGCGCAGUGGUUUGCAGAGUCAUUUGGAUGAGUACAUUUGGAGGGAAAGUGUGUUUGUGCAUGGGUGUGCAUUUCAUUCGUUCAUGCAGAGUGUUGGAGCCCUAUAUGUUCCGCGUGUAGAGGAUUAAGAUGUGGAUUUGCUGUUUGGGUUUGGUUGCAGGAGAGGUGUGUGGGGGGAGGGGCGGGAGAGGGAUAUUUGGUUUUUGUGUACGUUGUUAUUUAUCAACCAUGUGUGUGGAGCAUCUGGCUGUAGAAUUGUGAGUUGGUCGACCUGAAACCUUGUCAUUGUGGAGACAUUUUUAUGAUGCCUACUUUUCUUUCACUUUAUCAGUUUACCAUGCGACACAAAAAUGAAGCUUGCUGUUAGCUUUGUGAUCAGUGAUAUUCAGUUUUAACUGAAACUAUGGACAACACACAGUGCCACCUGAUGAGGAAUGUGUUAAGCAUUCUAAUAAGAGCCUAGAUUUGAAUAAGAAACUCAGCAGGGUCCAGUCAGGUGUAAUCUUGAUUAUAUUCUGGAGGAUUCCUUUUCCUGCAACUACCAAACACUUGGGUCCAGGAGCCAGUGCAAAAUUAAAAGACUGAGGAGGGGCAUGCGGUGCCUUUUCAAAUCAGUUGUGAUGAGGCAGAGAAGAACCUUUUCUUCUGAAGAAAAGGAGCCUGGUGCUAGAUAACAAUUAAGGAAGAUAUUUUGAAUAAAUGUAGUAUUGAUAAAAGAUACUAACCCAUUUACCUUCCAUUUUACUGUAAUAAAGAACUGAAAUAA